AUGUUGUCAUUGAACUCUUCGCGGAUUGUGCGCUCAUCCCGGACUUUACUGCACCCAAACUGGCUGAUGACGAACCGACAGUCUGUUUAUAAAGCUGUUACAGUAUAUUGUAUGUCUAGCAGCUUCCCCAAGAAGGACACAUGGCACAUCAACACGAACUUCAAAGGAAAGGAAAGAAAGCCAAUUUACUACACUAAUCCAGUCAGCUCACCCAGGAAUUACUGUACAGGCCAAGUCAAACUGAACUGCUGGAAUUGCAAACAGCCUCUUGACAAAACACCUGCAUUCUUCUGCAUGUCAUGCAAAGUCAUCCAGCCCCCUGAAGAAGGGACAUCCUACUUUAAAAUUAUGGAUUGUGACUACACAUUCACACUGGAUACACAAAAGCUGCAGAAAAGAUACUUGCAGCUUCAGCGGUCUCUGCAUCCAGACAACUUCAGGCAGAAAUCUGUGAAAGAACAGGAGUAUUCAGAAGGCCAGUCGGCUCUUGUGAACAAAGCAUACAAGACUCUGCUUAAGCCUUUGAGUCGUGGUCUUUAUAUGCUGGAGCUGGAGGGGAUGUGUAUAGAAGAGGGCACCGACUCUGGGGCUGAUCCGGAGUUUCUAAUGGAGCUGAUGGAGAUCAAUGAAGCCCUUGAUGAAGCACAGACUCCACAAGAAGCCAAUAAGAUUGGCCAAGACACAAAAGGGAAACUGGCAGACUUUACAAAGAAGAUAGACGCUGCCCUUCUUAAAGGAGAGCUUCAAGCUGCCAAAGCACUGCUUGCCCAAAUGAAAUACUAUGCAAACAUAGAAGAGAAAGUGAAGGAAAAACUUUCUGAAUUCAUGUAAUAUUUCCCACUACUUAGUGUCACUUUAUUUGAUAUUUUUAGCCACUUUAAAAAAAGUUUUGUACAGAGGCACACAAAUUAUUGUACAUUUGUCUUGGGAUUAUGUAAAUGUAUUGUUCAAUGUGAAUAAUAAAACUUUACUUGUAAUGCAGAAUACA